AUCAUGUGUCCACAACAUGGGGUUGCCCUUCAACCCGUAUAUUCUUUCUGCUCUCUGUGCUACCGUCGUUUAUAUCGCAUAUCGCAAACUGCCCUCUAGUGAACAGCUAGACCUCCCUGGUCCCCCUAUCUCAGGCUGGCUCAAGAACCACAUCCAGCAUGUUCGCGACCCAAGCGUCACUCCGAGGGUACACGAGCAUCUGGUCAAGCAUUAUGGACGGUCGGUUCGCAUACGAGGUCUGACCCCUUGGGAUGAGCGCCUGAUCACAUUUGACCCCGUCUCAAUGGCUCACAUCUCGAAAAACUACACCCUUUACGAGAAGCCAUGGGCCACGCGCAGGUUGAUUACCAGUCUCAUCGGAUGUGGCAUGUUCUCCGCUGAAGGCCAUGUGCAUAAACGUCAGCGCCGUGUCGCUUCACCUGCCUUUUCGAAUCAGAAUAUGGCCAGUCUGGCUGAAAUUGCUUUUCGAAAGGGUUUGCAGAUCACAGAUUUGUGGAAACGCCGUUUCCAUGAUGGAUCCAUCAUCGCGCAGAUCGACGUGUAUGAUGUCCUUAGCCGUGCUACCCUGGAUGUCAUUGGAUUGGCUGGUUUUGAUUAUAACUUCAACUCGAUGGAAGACGAGAGCAACGAACUUUUCAUUGCAUAUCGAGAUAUGUUCGAGAUCGGUCUCACUCGAGGGAGCUUUAUUCGCACCCUCCUGAUCAUCUAUCUGCCAUUCCUCAACACAAUCUUUCCUAGUCGCUCGACCCGCACGCUCGAACGUUGCCGCGCUGUCAUUCAUCGAGUUGCUGGACGCUUGAUCCAAGAAAAGAAAGCCAAGAUCGUAGAAGGAGAGUUAUCAGGCGAUGAAUAUGAGAGCCUGAAAUCCAACAUGUCAAAAUCACUUUCGCCUGAGGAUAGAAUCACGGACGACGACAUCCUGAACAAUAUCAACAGCAUGAUAUUUGCAGGCUCGGACACGUCCUCAUUGUCGAUGACCUGGACGCUUUUGUUACUUGCUCAGAAUCCUGGUGUGCAGGACCGACUGCGCGAAGAAUUACUCUGCCUCGCAAAGGACACCCCAUCUCUUUCGGAAUUGGACGAAGCUCAGAUCCAGGUGCUCACUGGGAAGAUCUCGGCUCUUCCCCUGCUGCACAAUGUGACGCGAGAGUCUCUGCGGCUUAUUCCGCCUAUACAUUCCACUCUCCGUGUGGCCACUGAAAGAGACGUCAUCCCAACAUCCCAACCUGUGCGCAAUCGAGAGAAUAAGAUCGACGAGGCUCGCCGAAGCUUCGUGAUCCCGAAGGGGACCGUCGUUCAUGUUUCUUGCGAGGCCUUUAACAUGGACAAGCAAGUGUGGGGUGAAGAUGCAUGGGAAUUCCGACCCGACAGAUGGGACACUCUUCCCGACAGCGUGCGAGAGAAUCCAUGGCAUUUCUCGAAUAUGCUCACAUUCUCUGCCGGACCGCGGGCCUGUCCGGGACUACGCUUUGCACUGGUCGAGAUGAAAGUCCUGUACUACGUCUUGCUCACGAAUUUUGUGUUCCGAGAAACGGAUGAGCAGGUUAUCAAGCGGAAUGUAGUCACGACCCGUCCAUAUGUCAAAGGAGAGCUGGGGCAAGGGCCAAAGUGCCCGUUGAUGGUUUCGCGACUUGAAUGAAUAGUAUGUUUUGUAAAUCGAAUCACAGGAUACAACUAGGUUCUAGGCCACAAAUCUAUCAAUGUAAUAAUGAAGGAG